CUCUCAAAAUAAAAAAAACAUAUAUUUAAGGGCUUCAGUAAUUUUGUGAUAUCUUUUUACAGUGCCCUACAAAAUAUGAAUGUCAUUUAUUUAUCUGGGAGUGACAGAUCAUCACAAAGUAAUACAUUACUUUGAAGUAGAAGAAAAAUAAUACAAACACAUUUUUUUUGCCCUAAUAUUUUUAAAAAUAUGGAAUGUAUUUACUACUGGCUGUAGUUGUUUUGUAAGAGCUUUGUUGGAACAUUAGUCAUGAACGUGUGAUGAUUCUCUUCAGCAGGUACAGGGCAGCUGAUGAAUGAAUCCAAACACAGGAUUUGUAUUCGUCUUGAAAAGUCUAGAAUUUGAUUUCCAUAUUUUCCAGGUCCAAUGUGUAAAAAAGAAAGUAAAGCAUGAAAUAGUUUUCUAUUUUUUUCUUUUACUUCCUAUCCAGUUGUCAGAAAUGUAUCCGUCCUUUAUUCCUGUCUGUCUUUUUCUAGCUUCCUUAAAUCAAUCUGAAAGAACUAUACUCAACAGAGUCGAGGGAAAAGCCACAAUACCUGAAAUAUUUAAGUGUAACACAGGAGAACUCGGUGGAAGUCGUGUCUUAUUGGCCAGAUUUAAAUGACAGAUCUGUCUGUGAGGUUUUGCUGUCUGAGCAAGUUUAGUUAUUUAGUUGGCUUUCCAACAGCAGCUGUCAUCAUGUGCUGCAGUUUGUUAAAGCUGUGUAGAGUAAGUUCUAGCUAUAAAUACUCAUUGAGUCAAAGAGCAUUUAUAUCUUCAGAGAAAGGUCAGAGGUAAAAAACACCAUGGCUAUUUAAACUGUACAAUAACCUAAUGUGUUUUGUUUAAUUGGGAAAUACAAAUAAAAAAAAUACUGUAUUAACUCAAAAAGAAAAAAUAAAUAUCUAAACCCAUUUUAUCCAAGUUUCUUCAAAGAGUUGUUGCAGAUGCUGAUGGCUGUAGAAAGAAGGAUUCCUUUAGCAGUCUGUAUUACAGUGGUUCUGAAGAAACCUCUGACUGAAGACUCAGUUGCUGUGUAUCUGGCAGUAAGAGGAUACAUAAGGUUGUCAAUAAAUAAUUGUCCUUAUGCGGAAAAUGAAAUUGAUCUGUAUCCAAAUAACUGUACAGGAAACUGACAUCAGCCCUAACACACCGUCCCCACUGUGAGCCACGGUGAAGGCAGAAUCAUGCUGUGGAAAUGAAGGAACAGAGAAACUGCUCAGUUUGAGGAGAAGGCAGUGGAGCCAAACCCCUGCAGAUCAUUCCCUUCAAAGAAAUGGCUGAGCUUGAAGCACAUUCAUGUGUUGAAUGGCUGAGUCAAAAUCCAGGACAGAGAAGGUUAUGAAAGUGGCUUUUUAUGCAAUCUGGAGGAAGAUUCCCACAAAAUUGGGAUUUUUAAUGUAAUAAAACGAGAAAAGGUUCAAGAGGAAUAAAUUCUGUUGCAAGUCAGUGAAUGUUUGAGACUCAUGCAUUGCAGUGGUUUUAGGUUAUUUACACUUGGCUGAUGUGGAAAGUGUAAAGCAAUGCUGUCCUGAGUGGGUUAUCAGCAGAGUAAGAGAUUGUGCUGUUGCACAAUCCUUAUUGCCACGCCCCCUUUCCUGCUAGUUGAAUGACCAGUUGGACAAACACAUCAGAGGAUGGAAGCAGCAAGGCAUCUGCUUCCUGAUUUACUCCACCAUUAAAGCAGACUGAGGUGUGACUCCACAUCACAGCUGCAGAUUUAUGCUCACAGUGAGGAUUUAGGAAGCGUGCCAGAUCCAGCUGGUGCUCUGGUGCACCCUCACCAUCGACUGUUCUGAUGUCACCGCUGAUGACCGGCAGCAUGCAGGCGUAGUUUGCUCCUCACCUCUCCUGUGGAAAAGUAAACCUACAGGAUUUGGAACUGACUGAAGAGAAGAAAUGUCAGCUGGUGAGGCUUUUGUCACCCUGGCCACCUCAGACUCCUACUGCCAGGGGGCGGCAGUGCUGGCCAGAAGUUUGCGACGGCAUGGAACAACUCGCCGCAUAGUCGUCAUGGUGACCCCAAACAUCCCUGAACACUCAAGAAAAGUCCUUGAGAACGUCUUUGAUGAGGUCAUCACUGUGGAUGUGAAGAACAGCGAGGACCAACUCCAUCUGUCCAUGCUGGGUCGUCCUGAGCUUGGUGUCACCUUCACUAAACUCCACUGCUGGAAUCUGACUCAGUACAACAAAUGUGUCUUCCUGGAUGCUGAUACACUGGUCCUGUGUAAUGUGGACGAGUUGUUCCAACGGGACGAGUUGUCGGCUGCUCCUGACCCUGGGUGGCCCGACUGCUUUAAUUCUGGCGUAUUUGUCUUCAGACCGUCCAAGAUCACCUACACCAGCCUGCUGGAUCACGCCCUGCAACACGGCAGCUUUGAUGGGGGAGAUCAGGGCCUCCUAAACUCAUUCUUCAGCAGUUGGAGUGUGGAAGACAUCAGUAAACACCUGCCAUUCAUCUACAACCUGUGUGCCAGCUCUGUGUACACCUACCUCCCUGCUUUCCAACAGUUCGGCCACCAGGCAAAGAUAGUCCAUUUUGCAGGAGCUGUGAAGCCGUGGAGCCCACAGAGGGACGGCUGCCUCUCACAGAGUAUGGAGCAGUUUGAGUCUCUGUGGUGGAAGGAAUAUCACAGUCACACAUCACCUGCUCCAGACACUCAGCCCACUCCAAGAACACCCAAACAACCGAUCCAAGAACAAGAGGUCAAAAUGCCAUUUACAGGAAACUUGGACAGCUCCAGUUCACUGCUUGCACAUUUUUCUCCAUCCUCCAACAGUCUUCACUCACACUCUGAAGAAAUGAUGGUUCUUCACACAGACAGAACUCCAGUGCAGGAAGCACCAGUCCCGGAGAAAGAGUCUCCAUCAACAGAGACAGCAGAGGUCAGUGACCCCUGUGGAGCUGGAGCUGAAGGGUCGGAGGACAGGAAAGGCGCUGCAGAUGGAGACGCUCAGCCGGCAGAAGAAAGAGAGGCAGAGCAUCGCAGAAUGUGGGAGUCAGGACAGGCGGACUACCUGGGCAGAGAUGCUUUCCAGAACAUCCAGAAGAUGCUGGACCGCUUCCUCGACCCACAACAUAAAACUUCUCUUCCUUAAACUGCACUAUCACACUUGUCCACACUUUACACUCUUCCAGAUCAGAACUUUAAUUCAUCUUAUUAGGAUUUUAUGGGAGCCAUCAAUAGAAAGUUCUAUUUUCAUGGUUUUCCUUCAAAAACAUGGAAAGUUGAGUAUAAUUUCCCUCCAGUUCCAGUGAUGCAGGAACAAUCAUGUAAAAUCACAAUGAAAUGUUUUAGUUUGGUUGCAAUGGGAAUAAAUGUGGCAUAGUUCAA